AUGUGUGCAGCGGCCACCGCAGACUACAGAUCGAAGGACAACAAGGACAUCCGAGUGCUGGUGGUGGGAUCCACUGGAUACAUCGGCAAAUUUGUCGUGAAGGAGCUGGUGAAGAGGGGCUAUGACGUGGUGGCAUUCGCGCGGGAAAAGAGCGGAGUGGGGGGCAAGGCCUCAAUGGAGGACACCGUCAAGGAGUUUGAAGGCGCUGACGUGAAGUUCGGGGAUGUACAAAAUGUGGAGUCCCUCAGUACAGUCGGAUUUGCCCAGCCUGUUGAUGUGGUGGUCUCCUGCCUGGCCAGCCGCACCGGCGGGAAGAAAGACUCGUGGGACAUCGAUUACCAGGCGACCAUGAAUGUGCUGGAGGCUGCGAGGCAGAAGGGAGCGGCGCACUUUGUGCUGCUGAGCGCCAUCUGCGUGCAGAAGCCCCUGCUGGAGUUCCAGCAUGCCAAGCUCAAGUUUGAGGCUGAGCUGCAGGCAGCUGGGGACAUCACAUACUCAAUCGUCCGACCAACAGCCUUCUUCAAGUCCGUCGCAGGACAGGUGAAACUGGUGAAGGAGGGAAAGCCGUAUGUCAUGUUUGGGGACGGGCGCUUGGCUGCAUGCAAGCCCAUCAGUGAGGCAGACCUGGGAGCCUUCAUGGCUGACUGUGUGAAGGACCAGUCAAAGGCCAACCAAGUUCUCCCAAUCGGAGGCCCUGGCAAGGCAUGGACAGCAUUGGAACAAGGCGAGUACCUGUUUGAGCUGGCAGAGCGCAAGCCCAACUUCAUAAAGGUGCCUGUGGCCCUCAUGGAUGGCAUUAUCGGCUUCCUGGAUCUCCUCGCCAAAGUCUUCCCUGGCCUGGAGGACUCUGCAGAGUUUGGCCGCAUUGGAAAGUACUAUGCCACAGAGAGCAUGCUUGUGUACGACCCAGAGAGACAAGAGUAUGACGCUGAUGCGACCCCCAGCUAUGGCAAGGACACACUGGAGGAAUUCUUCAGGCGAGCAGUCAAGGAGGAUGGCAUGGCUGGGCAGGACCUUGGUGACGCAGCAGUGUUCUGA